CUAGGAAAUACUCGCAUAUAUCGGGAGUAUGUGGUUAGAAGAGGUGGGCCACAACCGGCGAUAUAUCUCGACUAGUGUGUUUUUCUGCGCGUCCAUAAUGGGUAUCAGAGCCAUUGUCCGAAGCAGAAACAUAUCCCAUACUCCAGUGCACACAAUACUACGCUCGGAGAACAUGCAUCCUUACCAUGUACAAAGAGUACAUGAAUUCAUUCCAAGCGACUAUGCACACAGGGUUGAAUUUUGUGAGAAUAUGUUGUGACGGUGCGAAGAGGAUGAAACUUUUUUCGACAGCAUCUUAUGGACAGAUAAAUCCAACUUUAACCGAAACGGAGUAUUUAACAUGCACAAUUCUCCAUCAACACGCUAUUCGCCGACACAGCUUUCAACGUCAGUUCAGCGUUAAUUUGCGG